GCUCCCUUUUCCCGCACAUGCGCUGCUCUGCCACUUAGGACCUUUUUCGCGCUCUCUCUUCCAUUUGCUCCCCUGCGGGAGAUAUUUCGCUCCGGAAAAAGAGAGAGUUUUACUUCCGGCAUGUGAGUGUCUGCUGUUGCUGCUGCUUCUCCCCAAAGGGAAGGGAAAUGGCUCAACUUCCAGCCAUCCCUGGACAACUCCAAGGCCCAUCAUCCCCUGCAAGGAUUCCUCCUCAGGUUUCAAGAAUGAUGACCUGAGAAGAAGCGUGAGAGACGAGUGACUGGUCCGAGGCCAUGGCCGUCUUUGACACCCCGCAGGAGGCCUUUGGGGCCUUGCGUCCUGUCUGCGUCCAACUGACCAAAGUCCAGACGGUAGAGACAGUGGAGGAGCUGCAGGCCCAACUUCGGAGGGUCAGCGACUCGGCCUUGCAGGAGCUGCAGGAGUACGUCCUCUUCCCGCUGAGGUUCGCCCUCAAGGCCCCCGGUCCCAAACGGGAGCGCCUGGUCCAGAGCGUGGUGCAAUGCAUGGCCUUCCUGUUGUCUUCCACUUGCGUGAAAAAGCCCGACCUCCUCCUCGAGCUCUUCUCCGAACUCUGCCUGUGCCUGGCCUCUCCGUCCGCCCCGAGCCAAGUGGCCUCUUUGUCCGAGGAACUGAAGCACUCCGUGAUCCAGGCCAUCCUGGCUUUGCUGCAUUCGGCGUAUGGCGACGUGGUCAUGUCCUUGUACCAGCCUUCCGCCCUUCCACACUUGGGCUUCGCUGUAUCCUUGCUUCUAUCCUUAGCGGAGCGGGAGAAAGCCAGGCACGUCAAGCUCGAAGCCUUGAAAUGCCUGCAGGCUCUCCUUUUGCAGUGCGACUGCCAGGAGUACCACAGACCUUUAGACGAGGAGGACAGGAGGCGCUGCGGAGACCUCUUUGCCUCUUUCCUCCCUGGGAUCUCCAUCUCUCUUUCCCAAAUCAUUACCGGAGAUACAAAGCAAGGUCACGCAGUGGUCGUCUCGGCCCUGAGGGUCUUCUCUAGAGCAAUCGCUUUGGUCAUGGCGGAUGAAGAGCUGAAACAAAUCCCAGCAGAAGAAGAGGAGGAGGUGAAGAAGAAGAAGCCAGCCUUGGAGGAGAGCAGGAUAUCCCAGCUUGUGGUGCGCAGAGACCCCGAAUGGAGCAAAAGCACUGCGGCCAAACUCUCCAUCCUUAUCAAGAAGGUGGUUGCUUCCGUGUCCGUCCAUCCGCACUGGAAAGCGAGGCAGGAACUGGUUGAAAUGGUUCGCCUCUUGAUGUGGACAUGCAGCCACUCGUUGGCAGAAUCCAUUGGUGAGCUUUUGAAGGCAUUGGUGAGCUUCGUAAACGAUGAAAGAUCCGAAAUCCAGGAUCAGAGCAACGAGGUCCUUAAGAACAUCGCAGCUCAAGGGAUGGUGGCCGACAACAGGCAGCUCACCGACGUCCUUGCAGAAGACCUUCAUUCCUUGGCCACGGCUCUUCCUCGCUUAAUGAACUCCCAGGACGACCAGGGCAAGAUGUCGACCCUGAACCUGCUCCUUGGCUAUUUGAAGCUGUUGGGGCCCAAGGUGAGCGCCGUCCUCAACUCGGCGUCCCAUCUCCAGCGUCUCUCCAAAGCUUUAGUGCAAGUCCUGGAGCUGGAUGUGAAAGACGUGAAGAUCGUGGAGGAGAAGUGUCAGGGUUCAGGAGGCCUGGAAGAACCAGCCAAGGACGGCGUCCAGAGGAAGUACUUCCGGUUCUUCACCGACGAUCGGAUCCUCCCUCUGCUUCAACAUAUCUGCCGGGUUCUCGGCUACUAUGGGAACAUCUAUUUGCUUGUGGACCAUUUCAUGGAUCUCUACGGAGAAUCGGCUUUGUACCGAAAGCAGGCCGCCUUGGUGGUCAACCAACUGGUUGCCGGAGCUGCAGGGUUGGAAGUGCGUGCCCUCCAGGAACGGGAAACGGGACCGAGUGCCGAGGAUCUCAAGGAAGUCGUAGCAUCCAUUUUGGAAGAGUAUGUAGACCAAGCAAACUGGCAUCUGAUCACCACCGCUGAGGUCGAAGAGACCGAUACUGAACCGGCUGUGAAAUAUUCCGGUCUUCUUGCCGUUGCCUCUGAACCGCACCGCCAAGCUCUUCCUCUGUCCGACCCGAAGCCCACCAUCCGUUCCAUGAACAGCAACAUCUGGCAAAUCUGCAUCCAGCUAGAAGGCAUUGGCUGCUUUGCCCAAGCACUGAAGAGGGACUUCCGUUUGCUGUUGCUCUCCGCUUUGUACCCGGUUCUAGAGAAGGCCGGAGACCCCACGUUGCUCAUCGGCCAGGCAGCGCGAAGGACCUUGUCUGAGAUCUGCUGUGCCUGUGGCUAUGGCUCUGUCCCCGAAUUGAUCAACCAGAACGCGGACUACUUGGUGGAUGGGAUCUCCCUGCGGCUGCGACACAUAGCCCACGAGCCCCAUGCCUUGCAGGUCUUGGAAGCCAUGCUCCGGCACUCGGAUGCCAAUGUGCUGCCUUUGGUCCAGGACGUCUUCCAGGACGUUCUGGCCAAGCUGGACCAGUGCCACACUGACCGGGUGUCGUCAUUCCUUGGAGUCAUGCACACACUGAUGCAGAUGCUAGCUUCUUGGUCCAAAGUGGAGCCUCCAGCACGGAAGGACAAGGAGCCAGAAGGUGGACCUUGGGUGGAGGCCACCCAUCCACGUGAGAAAGCCCCUGCCCUGCAGCCCCCAACAGCAAUGGACAUGGAGGAGUUUUUCCAGGAAUAUGUCAAACAGAAGCGGGUUGCAGAGGGCGACCUCUCUGAGUCGGAGGACGAGGAGCAAGAAUUGCUGCUGCCGGAUGGCGAGUUUGAGGCCCGUGAGGAGCAGAGCCGGUUGCCGCUUCGUGCCCAGACGGCCAAAGACAUCAUGGAGAGAUGCAUCCACUUACUCUCCGGGAAGAGCCUCCGUGUCCGACUUAAGGUCCUGGAUGUUCUGGAAUUAUGUGUGGCGGCUCUCAGCGCUCAUGAAAACAUCCUCCUUCCUUUAGCGCAUCGGACGUGGCCUCCUCUCGUUAACCGGCUCACUAACGACGACCCCCUGGCUGUACUCCGAGCCUUUAGGGUGCUGUGUGUCCUGGGAGCCCACUGUGGCAACUUCCUGCGGCCGCGCUUCUCCAAGGACAUCCUUCCCAGGCUGGCCACCUCCCUUGACCGCCAGGCUCCAGUCAGCGCCCGAGCUGGACCCGUCUAUGGCCACACGCUGGCCUUCAAGCUGCAGCUGACGGUGCUCCAGGGCUUGGGCUCCCUCUGCAAAACGCUGGACCUUGGUGAGAAUGAGCUGAAUCAUGUGGCCAGCGUCUGCCUGCCUUACCUGAGCGCCAAGCAGCCGGCAAAACUCCAGGAAGCUUCCUGCAGCGUCUUCCUCUACCUGAUGCAGAUGGACCCCGAUGCCACCUGGCUCUUCCUCUGCAAUGUCUGGUGCCCUCAGGCCUUCCAGCCUCCACAUCCGGACCUGGCGCCCAUUAAACUCCGCGGGAUGGGCAAGAAGCGCCAUGAGUUCACUGACAACGUACAGCGGCUGUUGGAGGAGCUGCAUAGAAGAGAAGGAGGGGGAGAAGAAAGACCCUGAAGGACACCCUUGAGCCGUGGAAGAAGGCAAAGUGGACAAAACACCUGGACCAGAAGGAGGCAGAAGAACCUGAGAAGGACCAGAAAGAGAUGGGGAGGGGGGCUCUGAAAAGGGAAUAAACCAGAGUUACAGAUGGAUGGAGCAACCUCUGAAGGGCUCCACUGGGGAGGGAGUGGUUAGACAUGGUUAUAGAAGGUUCUUUGAACUUUCCUUGAACCUUCUUCAUGGUCUCCAAGCCUAGCAGAUCCUCACCUAUUUUGGAAUACACGUCCACCAUUGUUUACAUUUCUGAGAGUCUUGGUGAUCCUGCUGGCCAAACACUUCCAUGCAAUCCUGCAGUUCUCCCUUAAGAAGAAAGCUCUUAGACUUAGUUGUAAAGGGUUCCUUGAACCUCCAAGGUUAGUCUGUCCUCUAACGCAGUUGCUCCGCAUUGCAGUUAUGGGCAUUUUUGAGCAUCUAGAAGAGUCAUCUGGUCAAAUGUUUCCAUAUAAUUUUGAGGGGACAAAGCUCUUGGAUUUGUUUGCAGAAGGUUCUUGGUGGCCUUCAAGCCUAACAGAUCCUCACCUGCCUUGGAACACAAUUGCUCUGUGUUCUAUAGUGUAUUUCUGAGAGUCUUAGCCAUCCUGCUGGUCAUUGCAACUUUGGUGGUGAAGGGAUCUCAAUUUCUUCCAUUUGGCCCCAAGAUCUUGGCCAUUGAGGGUCAAAAACUGGCUUGAACAACUCAUAUGCUGAGUUGUAACUUCAUAACCACGUGUCCACCAUGUGCAAAAUGCUGUCUUCUUCACUUAAGGCCACUGAUUGCAAGACCUGCCCCAUUGCUCCCAUGAGGACUCGGGGGAUUCUUGUGGAGCAAGAGAAACGCUGGACUGGUUUCUUUCACAAGCAGUUGGCAAAUAGAUAAUGACCUCUGGUCUGCACAACACUUUGUGCAUUAGCCCCUUUGUCAUGCACGGUACCAUCUCGCUCCGCUCCUGUUCAUUUCUCAUGAGCAGUUUUGCAAAUUCUGUACCUCAUUAAUCUCAUUUAUCUUGGCAGUCAUGGGAUACCAACUGUUUCUAAUAACUUUGCCAUUUAAA